CUGUUCAUCUAACAAUAAAACAAGGACAACUUAAACAAGGACAACAGCUUGUAUAAUUGAUAAUAACCUUUAACAAUGAAGAACAUAAUGCUGCCAUUGAUCUGGGCUUUGACAUUACCCGCCUAUAUGGAAGCAAUUCACGGGAUAUAUGCUUUCGGUCAGCCCGAGCUGUUUCAAAAGAAGAGCAACUGCAAACCCAUACCUGCGAACCUGCUACUGUGCCAUGACAUUGAGUACACGGAGAUGCGGCUCCCGAAUCUUCUGGGACACGAAACCAUGAAUGAGGUCCUGCAACAAGCAGGCUCUUGGAUUCCCCUAGUACAAAAGCAGUGCCAUCCGGAUACGAGGAAGUUUCUUUGCUCUCUGUUCGCUCCAGUGUGUUUGGAUGAUUUGGACGAGCCCAUUCAACCAUGCAAGUCAUUGUGCGAGAGCGUGAAACAGGGCUGCGCUCCGGUAAUGGCUGCUUUCGGGUUCCCAUGGCCAGACAUGCUAGACUGCGAGCGCUUCCCUCUCGAUAACGAUCUGUGCAUACCUCCAGCAAGUGCAGAUAAUUUGACGACGGCAGUCACUCAAGAAGUGCCUAGAGUCUGUGAUGCCUGCAAAGAGAAAACAGAGAAUGAUAACGAAAUCGUGGACAACCUUUGCAAGAAUGACUUUGCCUUGAAGAUCAAGGUCAAAGAGAUCUCAUACAUGAAUGGUGACACCAAAAUUGUGCCAGAGACCAAAAGCAAGACCAUCUACAAGAUGAACGGUGUGACGGAGCGCGAUCUGAAGAAGACGGUCUUGUGGCUGAAGGAUGGCCUGCAAUGUAUCUGCAACGAGAUGAGCGACAUCAACGCUGCAUACCUGGUCAUGGGGCAGAAGCUGGACGGCAACCUGGUCAUCACCUCGCUCAAGCGCUGGCAGCGCGGUCAGCGUGAGUUCAAGAGGAUCUCGCGCAGCAUUCGCAAGCUGCAGUGUUAGGGGUCAGUCACCCCACACCCACACCCCCCCUCAACCCCACACCAUCCCCAGUGACCUCUGGGCUGCUGUAAAACAGCCACCGCUCCCAGUUCAGCUCUCCAGUAGACACCCUAGAGUAAGGCUCUAAUCUUUCAGGGAAAUAACACAAUUCUUGCUGGUCAUUCUCUGUGACCACUGUCAGCAUUCAGUGCUGUUAUAUAUUUCAUACAUGUCUUUUAUAGAGGAAGCAGCAUGUCCUCUCUGUGGUAACUCCCUCCCAGUGUGACCAAGUAUUGCAUAAAUGCCACAUUUCCUAAAUGGUGAUUAGAAUUGUGCUCUGCGACUCUCUGGUACAACUUUAUCUGUACUGCUCUCAGACCUCUAAAGCUUAGCUAGGUAGCCUAUUCACAAAGCACAACUAAAGUAGCACUCAACUUAUCUCCAACACAUUCUGUUAAGGGUUGGUAUCCAGCACAUCAAUAUUUCCAUUGACAAGGCCCUCACAUUACUUGAUAGGGAAAUUGAUAUUAACAUAAAUGCACAUGGUUUAAAAUGUAUUCAUUGGACAUUCUUGUCCAUGGUAAAGAAAAUAGUAAAGAACAUUUUUACAAAUAAUUUUUACAACACAAUGAGAGAUAGCUGGCUAUAUUCUCAGUCUUCUAACAUAUCUGCAAUUUUCCCCUAGUUCAUAGAACUUUGAUCUAAGUGCUGUGUGAUGUUUUAGCCCCUGCCCUGACUAGGCCUAGUGUCCUGUGUGAUUUGGGUGUAAAUGCAUGAAUCAGUUGCGUUUUUGUAUGUCCUGUUUUUGCCUGUUUUCUGUGAUUGUUUUGCCUUCUGUAUACUUGAGCCUCAGAACUGCACUGCAACAGUAUUAUUUCUUUAAACUGUAAUCUGAUGUUUGUCUGUUAUCUUGACCAUUAAGGUUCCCUACACAACUGAUGCAGUUUGGUGUCGGGAUGUUGGAAGUAUGUUGUUAUGGCUAUUUUAUGGGUCCAUUACUUCCCAUCAAUUCGGCGUCACAGAAUUUACGUCCAAGUUACUCAUUCAUCCAUUCAUCCAGAAAAAUGUUUUCUGUGUCAUGCAAACAGUGGUAAAGGUUAAGUUUCGUGACUGUGCAUUUGGCUCAUUGUAAUGUUGGUCACUGCCAAACUGCUGCAUAUUUGUGGUAUGCUAUUUUCUAAUAAUAUGUCCUACUCUGUAAAUAUCUAGAUAAAGCAGUUUAUUCUUGUACAUAGUUUUCAGAGACAGCAAAUCGAAAGUCCAAAAAUAUUUGCGGGCCCCCAUAAUGCCUAGAACUUGUUGUUCAAGCUGGUGAGUCAUUGCUUUGUAUGUGGUAUAUUACUUUUGUAUUAUUAUUAAAAUAAUGUUAAAGCAA